GCGGGACUUCCGGUGCACAUGUAAACGCUGCAGCGUGUUUGAUGUGUAGUUGUGAGUCUGCGGCUGUUCGACAGUUUACUUGGUUUUUAGCGCCUGUUUGUAACCAUGAAGCUCCUCACGCACAACAUGCUGACGUCUCACGUGAAAGGGGUCACCAAUGGAUACCCGCUGCUCAUCAAGGCCACUGAGGUGAAGGUGAAUGAGGUGGAGUUUAACUCUCAGUUUGUCAGCCGGAUGAUCCCCAAACUGGAGUGGGGCGCUCUGGUCCAGGCAGCAGAGGAGUUGGGUCAUCGACAAGACCUGCCAGGUGAGCUGGCCCCAGACUACGAGAAAAAUGAAGAGUUCUUGAAGAAAGUGCACCGAGUGCUGUUAGAGGUGGAGGUGAUAGAGGGCUGUCUUCAGUGCCCUGAAUCAGGGCGGGAGUUCCCAAUCUCUAAAGGAAUCCCGAACAUGCUGCUGAAUGAAGACGAGGUGUAGACGGCACCGCCUCGGUUCCUAUUCCCAUCCUCACCCACCGUAUUGUCGCUCUGAUUCUGGACUGUGUGCAUUCAGAGAGAGGCUGGACUCUGAUUAGAGUUGGAAAAUAGGCCACACUGUUUGUUUGAUUGUAGUUAUGACAUCUGAGUGGCCGAUGCCGCCAGUGGAGGGAAAAGAUUUGGAGAAUAACAGAUGGAAACGUUCCCUGAGAGUAACCCCCAGUGGUUUUAUCUGUAUUUAUUUUUGUAACUGUUUUGACUCUUUUCCUUUUUUUUCCUUUUUCAAUAAAACUGUCCAGAUUUUCAUAA